UAACUGAGGUACUUUCCCCACAGUGUCAGAUAGACAUGGCCAAGCCAGGAAGUCUCCGAACAUCCCAAAUCUACUGAGCUGUCGUGAUUGAUUGAAGACAAACCGGAACAAUGGCAACUCCUGAUCUCUUUGAGGAACCCUUUGAUCCUGAGGAUUAUGUGGAGAGACUUGCAUGGCGCCAACAUGGGGGCGGGUCUAAGGGAGGUGCUGAGAACUUUGACCCACAGGUCUUACUGAACGUCUUCACACACACCAUCGAGGAGCUCAAGGUGCUGAAUGAGAAAACACAGCGUCGUGUGGAGAAGCUGGAGCAGCUGUCACAGAAGGAGGAGAAGGAACACAAGGCCAGGGUGGCAGAGCUGCAGAAACUCAAUCAGAUGGCCCUGAACCAGUUCCAGGAGCUGGAUGAACGGAUCAACCACAUCGCCACCAAAGUGGUUCACCUAGGAGACCAGCUGGAGGGGGUGAACAUUCCCAGGGCACGGGCUGUGGAGGCAGAGAAACUCAUGAAGUACUUCUCCGAGUUUCUCUCUGGGGACAUCAAGUCUGAUGUCUUUACAGACCCCUUUAGGCUGCAAGAAGCAGCAGAUAUCAUUCAAAAGUUGCACCUGAUUGCCCAAGAACUUCCUCCAGACAAGUUUGAUGCUGCCAAGGAACGUAUAGCUGCCAAGUACCUGGAGAUAGAGAGUAACCUGGUGGAACAGUUCAAGACAGCUCAUCAGGCUGGUCAAAAGGAAGAGAUGAAGGAGGUGGCUGCAGUGCUCUUGAACUUCAAGGGAUAUUCCCACUGCAUUGAUGCCUUCAUCUAUCAGAGUCAAAAGCAUGCCAUGUGGCACAGUGAUGUGUUCAGGGGCAUUACACGCCUUUGUGAAGAGGUGAACCAGUUAAUUCUGGAGGUAUUUAGCCAGCCUGAAAAUGUGAUGAUGAAGUUUGUCUUGAACAUUUAUGAAGGAAAGUUACAGGAUCAUAUCAAAGAAAGUCUGGACAAGCACAGAAGUGAUACUGAGAAGUAUCUGAAAACAUUGUUCCAGCUAUUCCAGCAGACCUCCCAGUUGUCUGCAGACUUGUCCAAGUACAAGCUGGGGUCUGACGCCAACUUCCUCAACAAACUCACCAAGCACAUAUUUGGAAAGUACUUGGAAUCAUAUAUUGGUGUUGAAACCACAUUUCUAAAGACUAGAAUGGACAUCAUCUUGAAUAGAUACUACAAUUCCAUCAACCACCAGAAGAGACACAUCCCCUCUGGAGGUAUCCAUGACCUACAGGCUAGAAUCCGAAACAAAACCAAUUUGAACAUUGGCCCAGCCAUAGAGACAUACGGAGGGGAGACCUUCCUGUCACAGGAAGUGGCCAUCAAUCUCCUACAGGAAUCUAAAGAAGCACUGAAGAGAUGUGAAUUGCUGUCCAGUAGUAAGGACUUGCCUGCCAGUGCCGUGAGGAUCUUCGACAUCCUGUUUGAGAAGCUGUGUAUGGAACACAUUGACUAUGCUGUGGACAUAGGUCUGCAAGCCAUCUCCAUCCCUGAACCUAAGACUGAGCCAGAGAUCUACUUCUUUGAUGUUGUUGGCCAGGGCAAUGCCAUCUUCCAUCUGCUGGAGAAACAGUUCAGUGAUGCUCUGGUGCCACUCAUCAUCUCCACACCACGAUACCAAGAAGCAGUGACCAGGAAGAGAGAGAUCAUGGAGCUGAUUGACAGCAAACUUGAUGGGGGACUGGAUAGAACCAUCACUGCUAUGGUUGGGUGGAUCAAACACAUCUUGACUACAGAACAGAAGAAAACAGACUUCAGACCAGAGGAUGACUCUGCACUUAUGGAGCUUUAUACUCCUGCCUGCCACAAAGUGACAAACUUCAUCAGGAAAGAAAUCAUCAAGAUGCGGGAUUCCUUGGAUGGGAAGAACCUUGAUGCAACUCUGACUGAGUUUGGUGUCAGGUUCCAUCGACUGGUGUAUGAACAUCUCCAACAGUUCACAUAUAACCCCAGGGGUGGUAUGCUGGCCAUCUGUGAUGUGAAUGAGUACAGGAAGUGUGUGAAGGAGGAGCUGAAGGUUCCACUGGUGGACAGCCUGUUUGAAACCCUCCACGCUCUGUGUAACCUGCUGGUGGUGGUGCCAGACAACCUCAAACAAGUCUGCACAGGAGAGCAGCUGGCAAGUCUGGACAGGUCCGUAGUCAUGUCCUUUGUGCAGCUGAGGGCAGACCAUAAGACAGGCCGACUGGGGAAACUGUUUGCUGACUUUGCACAGAAGACCAGGGAACGAGCAGGCACUGGGCCAUCUGAGCAUGUUGCCUUACAGUGACACACAAAGUUGCAUACUGUACAAUCAGCACCUUACUUUUAGACAUUGUAUCUGCCAUCUUGUCUAAAAUAGUUCUAUCAUGUUAGAUAUUGAGAUGUCUUCCAUCAAGCAAAUAUGGUUAGCAGUAAAUUCAACUCCUUGUAUUGCUUUAAGUGACAAAUAUGAAGUAUUCUCCAUUUCUAUGUACUGUAGUGGAAACAUUUCUUGCUGACAAUUUAGCAACUAGAAAUCAGCUGGACAAUACCCACUGAUGUUAAAUUAUGAGCAUUACCAUGUUUACAGUCAACUGAAGCAAUCGCUUUUUCCACAGCUGUAAUUAUCAUUAUGUUUUCCAACUUCAGAUUACCAGUGUGACGUAAGUCUAAUGUCUGGACAGAAUAUCUGACCCAAAGAAGUGUUAUUAUAAAGCUAUCAUUUACAUGAAUAAGAUGAAAAAAUAUUGUCCAAGAUUGGUUUAGCUAUAUAACCAAUGUUGUAAAUGAGCAUAGAGGACUGUAGGAGCACAACAAAUGAUCAAGUUACUCAGAUAUUUAUCCAGUCAUUCUUUCAUCACGCCAAAAACAGUUACUCAAGCAACUGGAUAUGAUUUUGAAAACGUCAGACGUUUCAGCUAGUAUCCACUAGCUUUCGU